GGGGAAAAAAGUGUGAGCGGGACCAAUUUUCACAAUAGAUACAGAAAUUCUCUAAAGCUGUUGAAGGGAAGUUCAGGCUUCCUCACUUUUCCUCUUACCUGCCAAAUACUUACUGAAAUAAAUCACAUGUUAUAAAAACAAACAGUGAAACGACUACUGGCAGAUCCUGGAGAGUUUAAAAUCACUUGGAGAUUUGGAAUGGCUUAAGGUUAGGAUCUAAGGCCUGAGGAAGGACUUUAUACCAAGAAAAAAUGAAGCUACUAAGCAAAAUAGCCAAAUAAGAGGCAAUAAUAACUUGAGAAUUUGGCACAUUCUGUUCAAUGAAAGAAAGGCCAGGGAUACCCGGAGGAGCACAUUCGAUUCAAUGGGAGAAAGUUGAAGCAGAAGUUCAAAAAGUGGCAGUUGGAAAAGAGGAGAUUUGAAGAAGGAAUUCACCUUAAGCUAUAGAAGAAGAAGCCAAUAAAGGAAACCAGAGACUCAUGCUACUAUACAGAAGGAUAGGUUUUUUAGAGGCUUCCUGAUAUAGCAAAAGUGGGAAAAAUUACAAUAUAUAGCAUUCAUGUCCAUGUUGGUAAAAAAAAAAAUUAUCAAAUUUUGCACAGGGAUAACUUCAUUUGGGCAGAUAAAGAAAUAUAGACAGCAUUUCUGGAUUAAGAACAGGUGGAAGAGUAUAUUACUUUUGCAGCCUCUGUGUAGAUUUCUGGUCUUUGAAAAUUAGUGUUGAUCGAUUCUCCAAUAUUUGGAGGGGACCCAAGAUGAACUCAUAUCCAUAACUGCUUUGCUAGUACUGUUUGGCUAGGAAAGUUCAGCAUGCUUCUUAGUUUCUUAAAGCCAUAAUUCUCCUAGAGCCAUGAUACUCAGAGGCUUGAAAGGUGGAUCUUUGAAUACUGCUCCUGUGUCUGAUUUUGGAUCAAUUGAUCAUGUGAACCUGGCUGGCACUUCCAGUAUGAAAUAUAACUGAAUCAGGCUGCUACAAUGUUCAAGGAUGGCUUUGCUUCCAAAAUCUGAGAAGGCAAUGAAUUAGAGAAGUUUGGUUCAGCUCCUCUGAAAUCUAGCAACUUCCAUGGGGCUUAACCGCAACAUUGUGGAGGACCUCUUACUCACAUGGUGACGCCUCUUACUCAUAUGAUGAUUGCAGUCUGUGAGGUGAGUCUGGUUUUAAAUGACUCAAGAGGUUUCUCUUUGGGAUAGGCAAAGUGAAAUAAAUACAGGAAGUCAUUUAUUCAGCGAUUACUUGAAGGUACAAUGCUGCUGAAGGAGAAAAUUUAUGGAUGAUCUUCAAAGCUGUCAAAGAGUCCAUGUGGUCAAGAGAACAUGAUCUUUGCACUUGGCAACUGGCUUGCAAUUACAAUGGUCUCAACAUCCGAUGGUCACAUGAAGACAAUUUGCGACCUUCACUACUGACUUCUGACAAGCAAAGCCAAUGGGGAAACCAGAUGGAGGUUGUAAAUUGCAACCACAUGAAGUUGCAUCUCACAGCUGUAUGAGAUACACCUAAUUAGCAAUGGAGUUCCUGGUCCCAAUUACUAUCUUUAACCAAGAACUACCUGUAAGCGCCCCACCUCCUGGCAGACCAAAUUGUCUGAGGAAAGUGAAAUGCCUGUAUAUUGUUAACCCUAGACAGCGAGAAGCAUGCCGAUUGCAGAAAUAGACUCCUAAAUACUCGAUUGCUGUUUGCCUUCUUGGGGUUCUCCCGACCACGGGAAAUGAGGCUGGAAAAAAAGAUGGAAAACCAGAGAGGGAGAGGAACGAUCUGGCUUGCACGUUUCCAAUGGCAUUACGUGAACAAACAGAGAAUCCGUCUGCCAGAAUGGGCUUGUGUAACUUUGCAAGUGUGCCAGAAACUUUGAAAUCCCUCAUCUCCUCCCCCUUUCCGCCCUUCCUCCAAUUCUCUCCUUCUCUCCCACUGCUUCAUUCCAGACUUCAGCGAAAGCGAGGACGAGGCGAAGGCUGCUGCUCCUCCCCAAACCCAUCUCACUGCAAAAGAAAGCGCUGGGAGGAAAAGAAAGAGAACGAGGUGGGACUCCCUAUCUUUGGGCUGAGCGCAAAAUAAGUCGGAGGUCAGUAGCUAGGAAAAGAAAAGAGGAAAGCUGCCAACUGCUACUUUUGACCUCAACAGAAUAACAAGGUUGGGAGGGACCUUGGAGUGCGCUCCCCUUCCCCAGUCCUGCAGCGUCGUCGAGUGGAGUUCCCGCUCGCUUGUGAGAGACCCACGCCGUCGCCAUGCGCCUCAAUUCCCGGACUCCGCUUUUCCUGGGCCUUGCCCAGCUGCAAGCGUGUUUCUAUUGGAGUUGCCUGCUGUGGCUGCCGGCGGACGGGAUGCCCCCGAGGAAUCCACCGCCACCCCCUCCCGCCGUGUGGAGACAGCGGAUUCAAUGGGAGAACAACGGGCAGGUGUACAGCCUCCUCAGCGUCGGCUCCCAGUAUCAACCCGCGCGGCCUAAGCUGAGCCAGGAGCCCGCGCAAGGCGGCCACGUUUUGCUCCUCAGGGGCAACGGCACUUCUCCUCGCAGGGCGCCGGCAACUGCCGCAGGCGGAGACGCACCCGCCACCCGAAAACCGGAGGCGCAGUACUGGUUCCAAGCCGGUUACCAGCAACCGUCCAUCAGAAAUAUCACGGACGGGCGCCGCAGGGCCGAAGGUGGCGCCAGCUCCCGAGGCCGAGCGCAAGGGAGCCCCGUGGAGAGCGCCCCCGCCAGGACGGGCAAUGAGACUGGCUUUUCUCUAAGCAAUCUCCGGCAGCCGCCUCGCGGAGAUGUCAUGGUGGGGGACGACCCGUACAACCCACAGAAGUACACGGACGACAACCCUUAUUAUAACUACUAUGAUACCUAUGAACGGCCCCCUCAGAGAGGCCGCUACCGGCCGGGGUACGGCACCGGCUAUUUUCAAUACGGGUUGCCAGAUUUAGUGCCAGAUCCUUAUUACAUCCAAGCAGCCACUUAUGUCCAAAAGACGUCUAUGUACAACCUGAGGUGUGCUGCUGAAGAGAAUUGCCUAGCUAGCUCAGCUUAUAGAUCAGAUGUUAGAGACUAUGAUAACCGAGUACUUCUGAGAUUUCCACAGAGAGUGAAAAAUCAAGGUACAUCUGAUUUCUUACCAAGCCGACCACGAUACUCAUGGGAAUGGCACAGCUGUCAUCAACAUUAUCAUAGCAUGGAUGAAUUCAGUCACUAUGACUUACUUGAAGCAAGCUCACAUAGGAGAGUAGCUGAAGGACACAAAGCAAGUUUUUGUCUUGAAGACACUUCUUGUGACUAUGGAUACUAUAGGCGAUUUGCAUGUACAGCCCAUACACAGGGGCUGAGUCCUGGUUGUUACGAUACCUACAACGCUGAUAUAGACUGCCAGUGGAUUGAUAUUACAGAUGUUAAACCUGGAAAUUACAUUUUAAAGGUUAGCGUCAACCCAAGUUACUUGGUACCAGAAUCAGACUAUUCCAACAACAUUGUACGUUGUGAUAUCCGCUAUACAGGCCAUCAUGCAUAUGCCUCUGGGUGUACAAUUUCCCCAUACUAAGAUGAAAGAAAAUUGGUUUACUGAUACCCAAGGUUUGGAGAUGCAAUUAUUUUAUAAACUGAAUAGGAUGUAAACAUUUUUGAAAAAUGAGAAGGACCAGAAUAUACACAAAGAAUCUUAAUCUGACUCUGAAGUCUUAAGAACUUCUUAAAAAUGAAUUGAUUGUUUGAUUAAGCUAUCCAGCUUUUGAAGCCAGUGAAACAAUGGUACUCUAUAGAAAGAAUAAUGAAUUCUAAAGGAAGUUAACCUACUUAUAUAAAUAUCUUUCCCAUUGACUACUGGACAUCAGUAUAAUAUUUGAGACUGCUUUUUUAGAUAUAUAAAAGGUGCUAGCAUCGGCAGGUACUCAAAGAGCUGCUUUCAGUUUCAUUGGAUGGUUCAGGCACAUCUAAUGGGAGUUCAAACAUUUAUAUUUAAAUAGCAAUAGGCCCAUUGCUUCAUAGUAUCAUGAAAGUCUUCUAACAUCUUUUUGCAAUAUUUUUUGUUACCAACAGUCAAUGGUACUAGUAUCCAAAUCCUCUGGAUUAUAGAAUAAUUUCAUAGUUCUUUGAUAUGCAGUCAUGUAAUAUCGAUUGUGAAGAGUAUAGGAAGGAACUGUAGUUGUGGAACAAAUUGGUAGGGAAAAUGAAGCUUCCAAAAAUACCAAAGCUUCAUUUUUUUGUCUAAUAGAUACAAAAGUAGGCUUCAUUUUAAAGGACAAAUUUUAAUGUUUAAGCACCCGAUAGCAUACAAAAUGAUUCUAUUUUUAAAGCUUAAACCAAAAAGUAUAUCAAUAUUUUAAAACAUUACUUAGAAUAUUAAAACACCACAUUUGUCUAUUUCCAGUGCUUCCUGCAGACUGCUUUGCAUUUUCUCCCCUUCCUUUCCCUCAACUGGAAAGAGUUUCAAUUACAAAUGUUGGAAAGAUUUUGAAUUACAGAUGUUUAGAAACCACUUCCCAUGAAUUGGACUUGGAUAACAGAUUGAAAAUGAUAUAUGCUCACCAGAAAAAAAGUUCAUAAGCUUGAUGCUUUAUGUUGUGUUCCAUUAUAAAAUCUAAUUUCUAGCUACAUGGAAAAAAAAACAUUCAGGUGAAGUCAUAAAAUGAGCCUUACCCAGAUUUGUCUCUGUUCCUCAUGAAUGUACAAGAAAAUGUUAUUUUAAAGUAUUUGUUCAGGAAAUCAAAAUGAAUUAUUUUAUACAUAUAUGCAAGCACAGAUGUGCUCAUAUAGAUAUACUCAAACCUGUAAGCACCUGCAUCAGCCAGGUAUUAUACAGACUUGGAAAUAAAGUUGCAGUUCAGAUUUCUACUUGGGAUAUUAUAUAGACCAAACCAAAUUUAAAGCACCGUUAAUUGUACUAAGGAAUAGUAAAUCAACUUACUGGUAAAACAGGUUGACAUUUCCCUCAAAAUGGAUAUAUAAAUCCUCAUUCACUGAAUCAUCUUGAGAUAGAAUUCUUAAAUUGUGAAAUACAUGCUGUUAUAUGACAUGUAACAUUUGAAAUAAAAAAAAUUGUGGAAAGAUUUUAUAGUUAGAAUCCCAAACAUUUGGGUGCUUUUUAACUUUCAUUGUCCAAUUGUCUGUGGUGAGAUUCCCUUCCAUUCUAAAGCAAAUUUCCCCAAAUCUGCUCUGGAACACCUACGACACUGCAUUGACAAAAAAUAGCAAUUUACCUUCAUCCAAUGAGCACUAUAAUUUGUUCCACCCAUUUAGAUUAAGCAUUUAUUCUAUCAUUCAAGCAAUGUGCCCACAAGUAUGUGUAGACAAAAUCACAAGACUGGAUCCUUCCUAUCUACUUGUCAAGGCCUCAUCUUUUUGAUGGUUGUUGAAUUGCCAGUCCUGAUCAUAUUCUCAACCACACAUUAACAUAUGUUGCACUAUUAUGUCAACCACUUGAAUUGUUUAUACAUAAGCUCCUGUUUAAAAAAAAACAACACCCAGAUUUUUGUAGCAAGGAACUGUAACUGGUAUUGUGAUACCAGUAACUACUAAGAGGACAAUCCCUCAGGAAAGUUGUUGAUCUUCUCUCAAGUAAGAUAAGAAAUAGUUGGCCUGACAAUUGAGUAACUGCAAUACAGGAUCACAAUGUAAAAGAUGCAUUUUUUCUUAUGAUAAAACCAUAUUUUCAUAUAUAAAAGUAGCAUAUCUAUUAUUUAUUAUGUGAACAGAAGGUAUGUAUAGAAUCCAGAGAAGGGCAUGAACAGAAAAGGAUACUAUUUUGUGAAGGAUGCUGUAAUUUAAGAAUUUUUGUUCACCUUAAAUAAUGAAGUAGAAUUCCUAAAUCAUAAGGAAUAUUUCUUUCUUAUCAACAUGGCCACUCAACUGGAAGAAAUGUUGAAUAUGGUAAAGAUCACAGGAGAGUUCCACAUAGUGAGGUUGACCCAUCUAUGUGACUUUUACUAAAAACAGAAACCUUGCUGUGCCAAAUAUUUAAUGAUGCACUACAUUAAAAGAUUUUUUUAAUGACAAACUAAUAAUGGAAAUUUCUAUACAUUCCUAUCACUUCAAGCUGGAUAUAACUAAAGUACUAUACUCAUUUCGUUAAAAGUGGUCUAUCCUGUGCUUUUCAACACAACAAAAAUUUUCACAUUCUACAAAUUACAAAGGUGCUUAUAUUUAACUUGAACUGAAAAAAGUAAAUAUCUUAUUUUCCCAAGAACCUUACUUUAAAAUCUAAACAUCUUUAUAUGAAGUAAUUUAUAAUUAAUCAUACACUAACAUUGUAUUCUUCACAGAACUUCCAUAUUCUUAUACUGUUUGCAAAUUUAUGUGAAAAUGACAAAUAAAAAUGUUUCAAAUGCUCAAAGUCUCCUCUAGUUUCAACCAAAAUGUAGUCUAGAUCUUUAAUAAGUUAAAUCUUUAUGUCUAUGAUCUGGCAUUCUUUUACGGAGAGACAUUUCAAAUCUCUAAUAAAAAUAUAAAUUUGAGACUUUGCACAAGAUAUGGUUGAGAAGGAAUAGGAGCUCAGUGGUUUGGAUGUGAAAACAGGUUUUGAUCCAUGUAUUACUGGUGAAUUUACAUCUGCUGGAUAAAAACUAUCAGCUAGACAGGGUUCUGGAUUGUACAGCAGACAUUUUUUUAAACCAAAUAGUGUUUGAAUUUCUUUGAAUGCAAGUAGCAUUAAAUGGUUGCAUUUCAUACCAACAGAUCUCAUUAUAGCUCACAACACUAAGGUUAAAAACUCACUUGUUUGUCUCGCUACCUUACCAAUGUUGCUGCCUCACAUAAAAUUAUAUAGUUUCUACAUCUAUCUAUUUUGAUUUUGUUACUUUAUAUGGAUAUACUGCAUAGAUGUGCAUACAUGAACAUUUUAUAGAGACUCUUCAUCUACAUCCUACUUAAUCAAAAAAAAAACCCC